AUGGCCCCACACCUGCAGCUCUGCUGCUCCCAGAAAGCCGGGGGCCUAAACGCGCAGAGCCUUUUGCUGCUGCUGCGCUGCGCAGCAGCGCCUGCUGCCGACGACACGGAACACCAGCAGCAGCAGCAGCAGCAGCAGCAGGCUGGGCAGGGUGCAGCAGCAACUGAAGCAGAAAAUGCAGCAGAAUGGCGCAGCACGGCAAAAGCAGCAGGGCAGCAGCAGCACAGACCCUGCAGCAGCUCGAGCACCAGCGGUUACACCAGCGAGCGGCAACGUCUCUACUUCAGCAGCAGCAGCAGCAGCAGCAGCAGCAGCAGCGGCAGCAGCAGCUGA